AACCUUUUCACAGCUGCUGAGCCCCCUGCCGCAUAAUUAUCUAAUUCUCGCCGAUCGCAUUAAAUCCCGUAAGUAUUUCUGGUUCGCUCGUUAUAUAUUUGAUUGUAUGAAUCUACCAGAAACCAUAAGUCCGAUUCCAAGUACAGGAUGCAAACGGACAAAGGAACAAGUUCCAUGGAAGUAGAAGAAAGGGAGAGUAAGGUUGUAGCAAAGCCCAAGUUUAAGGCUUUGACAGCUCAUGAGAUAUCGGAUGGGCAAGUUCAGUUCCGGAAAAUAUCUGUUCCAAAACACAGGUAUACCCCACUGAAGAAAGCAUGGAUGGACAUAUACAGUCCAGUUUAUGAGCAGAUGAAGGUUGACAUCCGAAUGAAUGUGAAGACACGAAAUGUUGAAUUGAUGACGAGGCGUGACACCCCAGAUGUUAGUAACCUUCAAAAGUGUGCAGACUUUGUGCAUGCUUUCAUGCUUGGUUUUGAUGUGAUAGAUGCAGUUGCAUUGCUGCGAAUGGAUGAGCUUUAUGUUGAUUCCUUUGAGAUUAAAGAUGUUAAGACCCUUAAAGGAGAGCAUCUGUCUCGUGCCAUUGGAAGGCUUUCUGGUAAAGGAGGUAAAACCAAAUUUGCAAUUGAGAAUUCAACAAAGACUCGGAUUGUUAUUGCAGACACAAAGAUUCACAUAUUGGGAUCCUUUGCCAACAUCAAAGUUGCUAGAGACUCUUUGUGCAGCCUUAUCUUAGGAUCCCCUGCAGGGAAAGUAUAUUCAAAACUUAGAGCUGUUACUGCAAGAUUAGCUGAGAGGUUUUGAUUUCCAAUCGAUCUAUCUUUUUGAUACAUGUAUAACAAGACAGGAUCAUGCAUCCUUUCAGUUUUCGGUGGUUUCUAAGGAAAUUUAAAUUGUCAUCAA